AGUAUCAAUUUCAAAUAACCCGCAUCUUUGACAUUAAACAUUCACGGGUAGUGCCGCCAUUCAAAUAGAUUGUAUUCAACCCGAAACGUGACGGUUCAUUGGCGGCGAAAAUACCGCGUUGCGUGCAUUGGUUUAAACAUUUUUUGUAAAAGAUUAUAGCUCUUCCUCACGUGACUGUGUCUUCAUUAAAAUGUUUUAUUUUGUGUUUAAACUUUAAAUCUAAAUAAAUAUGAUUGAAAUAUGAGGAAAGUUAAAUAUAUAUCAUAUUUAUUGGUUUUUCUCUGUGGAAUAUUUUAUGGAAUUCAAGGACAAUUCUUCUCAAUAGGAUGCCCCUCGGGUUGGGUGUUAUUUCAGAGCGCGUGUUACAAGUUUUCCGAGGAACCAAGCGUCUAUGAAGAGGCGGACGCUGCAUGCUGGUCUUCAGGGGCCACCCUCAUCAGUGUGGACACGUUCAAUGAGCACAAAUUUGUGUCGGACUUUAUGAUGAACAACAAAUUGUCAAGGCACAACUAUUUCUACACUGGUGGGUACUAUUUUCUCGGGCGGCAGUUCUGGGAAGGCCACAGUUCCUCGGGUAAUGAUGGUCUGAGAAUCUGGUUAAACGAUCAACCACCCCCUGUCGAAGAGAAGAUCUACAGAAUCGCUUACAUAUUCACCGAAUCCGAGUACAAAUGGGUGAACAUUUCUUCAAGUAUAUUAGGGUAUUAUAUCUGCGAAAUUCCCAGAUUAGAAGCCCAGCGCCUUGACCUUUUAGACAGAGAUAUUAGUUAUGGUAUAGAUGUUAAAGACAUACAGAACAUUAAAACAGGCCCGACUAUUGUAAAACAGCCAGAGUCCAUUGUAAUGUUUGAAGGCGUGGAGACUGUUGAAAUUGAAUGCAUUGGUAGCGGAAAUCCCUAUCCUAAAUAUAAACUGUACAGAGGCCAGAAUUUUGUGAACGCUACGGAGGUUACAUCUGCGAUUGACACAAGAUAUACAUUGACGGCCGGCAAGUUUACUAUUGAGGGCGCCCAGAGCCAAGUUGACCAAGGCACAUACCAUUGUAAAGUUGAAAAUGAAAUUGGUUCCGUGCUUAGUGACCAGGCGAAACUUCUAUUUGGAUAUCUGGGAGAAAUAUCUAACGUAGAGCCGGAACCAUUGUAUGCUGAAACAUUUAAAGGGACCAAGAUGAAUUGUGAGACGCCAUCAUACUCGCCAAGAGUAAAUUACGCAUGGUUCAAGAACCAGGCCACUAAUAUAUUUGUAUGGCCGGGAAAUGACAACAUGUUCGUCUCGUGGUCAGGUGCCCUGUACGUGUCCGAGGUACAGCCGACAGACGCUACGAAACGCUACUUCUGCUUAAUAACGCUUGUUGGCAUGGAUGACGCGAAGCUCGGCAGGGGAAAUACCCUUGUAAGAAGCAAUAAAGGAAUACUUCUGCUGUUGCUUGGCGAUACAACCUCGGACAACAACUAUGGUCCUAUAUUGUACACCCACUUGUUUCCCAGCCCGACACUACGAACAAACACUAUCAGAAUGGAGUGUAUAGCUUACGGCUCGCAUCCAUUAUAUUACUCAUGGCGGAGGGAGGACGGGCGACCGUUUGUACCCGGCACUGUUCUGUCAGCCAGGAACCGUGUACUUACGAUAACGAACGCGCCAUUAGAAGCAGACGGUAACUACAUAUGCACGUGCACGAGGAACACUGGAGCGUCUGCUACUCAAACUAUUACUCUGUCAAUGGAAUCUAAGCCAUACUUCCCAUAUCCAAUCGAAGAUAUGUUUACGGACCCCGGCAUGACAGUCAACUGGAAGUGUAAAGCCGUAGCCCGGCCGGCAGCCACGUACAGCUGGUAUAAAAAUGGAGUUCUCCUAAAGAACAUUCCUGGACAGCUAGAAAUAACGGGGAAUAUUCUUAAAAUACUUCAGGCUACGGAAGGGAGAGAUGAGGGGAUGUAUCAAUGCGCGGCUACUAACCAACACGGGACUGCUUUCAGUACAGGGCAAUUGAAAGUACUUUCAUUUGCCCCGAACUUUAAAAGAAAACCAAUGCAACAGUCCAUGCUUGCGCCAUUGAACGGAAAUAUAACAAUACCAUGUGGCGUAGAGGGCGCCCCUUUACCGGAUGUAACUUGGUUGAAAAACAACGCUAAUCUGAACCUUGCGAAAGGAGAUAUGAACGGUCGUAUUGGCAUGAACCUUGCUUUUGGAUUGGUGUUAACAGAUAUACAAUAUAGUGAUAAGGGUUUCUACACGUGCAAGGGUUCGAACAUGCACGGCGAGGCUGCGAUGACCACCGACCUUAAUGUCAUGGACGGAAUUGUAAUUACGACAGCACCAGCGUCAAACACCGUACAGGUCAACAGGACAGCGUUCAUGUUUUGCCAGGCGGCGUUUGGCUAUAAUUAUGAUUUGACAUACGUCUGGAAAGUCAACGGGAAGGAAAUCGAUUACCACUUGUCACCGGAAUACAUAAACGGUCAACGUAAUGGGCUGGAUGGUCUAUACAUCACAAAUGCUCAGUUCAAGAAUUCAGGGAGAUAUGAAUGUAUUGCCAUGACAACACUUCAGUCUGUGUACAGAUCAGCAAUUCUUGAAGUUCAAGGACCCCCAGGGGCGCCGGCCGGUGUGUACCCGGAUGUUGAAUCUGUCACAACGAGGUCUGUCAGGCUGAUUUGGUCAGUAUCCACGGAGAUCAACCACGGUGGACCGAUAACUGCUUAUGAUAUCGAAGCCGAAACUGGCUAUCAUCCGAAUGUGUGGACUGUUGUUGGAUCAGACGUACCAGAAUAUCUCGCUAUAACUGAAGCCAACAACUUAGCAAAACGUUCAGACCAGCGGGCCAUUAUCGUACAACAAUUGAUACCUAAUACUAGCUACAGGUUCCGGGUUCGAGCCAUAAACAUGUUUGGCAGAGGUCAAGAGGCCAGUAGUCCGUCACCGUUUAUUAAGAUCGAGCAGACGGCACCAGUUAUAGCGCCAAGGAAUGUUUCCGGUGGCGGCGGUAAAGUUGGCACACUGACAAUAACAUGGGAGAUAUUAGAUAUAUCUGAGCACUGUGGACCUAACCUUACCUAUUACAUUUAUUGGAAGAGACUUGGAGAUACGAAGGACUGGAAACGGGAGGUAGGUAGAGAUGAAAUGGCCUUAAAACGAGGACGUUAUUCGGUGACCGUGGGAACAGACAACUACUAUUUGCAGUACCGGGUCAUGAUCGGAGCCCAUAAUAACAAGGGACAUGGUCCAAACUCAACAGAACAAAUCAUUUAUUCGGCAGAAGGAAUGCCAAACAACGUGCCGGUAUCUCAAGAUGUAGAGACGUACAACGCAACCAGCAUCAUCGUUUACUGGAUACCAGUACCGGACAAUAGAGAGAGUAUUAAAGGCCGUGUUGCCGGCUAUCGGGUGCAUUAUUACGCAAAUCUUUACGGCGAGGACCCGUUCGGUUCGGAACCAGAUCCUGUCAGGAACGAGAUAUUAACAAAAGAUGUCUACGGUCAAACAGAUCACGCCCAGUUGAUAGGUUUAAUUGCAAAUAUGGAAUAUUUCUCGCGCGCUCAAGUGUUUAACGGUGCUGGCUUUGGACCUAAAGGGGAGUGGCGAAGAUCAGAGACCGCCAAUGACCCAUUACGUGACCACCCCACCCACGUAGAAGUCUUCCAGGAAGGAGUUAAUAGUGUAAGAGUUAGAUGGAGGGGUGUCAUGAACUACCCCCUUGAAGAGUCAUUAAAGGGGUAUAUAUUGCGGGUAUGGAAAAUACAAGAAGAUGUCCGAACAGCAACUGAUACAAUGGUUGAUAAGGUGAAUGAAGCGGUGAUAGAGGGUCUACAGCAAAACUCCGUCUAUGUCAUCAGAGUGCUCGGAUACAGUAAAGCAGGGGAUGGUGGACUCAGCGAGGCCGUUUACUUCUCACUUACAGGCUCUGGCCAGUCACUAAAUAUUCCGAUUGAUCCGACAACCUCCGAAAUUUGUUAUGACGAUGCAUACCGAAGAACCUGCGGAAGUGACGUCAUAUUAGGAAAAUAUGUGUACAUAAUUUUAAUGACUGUUGUAUAUUACUUAUGUGUAAAUGACGUUUUGUAGAAUUGUUUAAUCAUAUUUGAAGUAGUGUGUUCAUUUAUUUCAUCAUUUGUAUUUAUCAAAUACAUCUAUAAUUAUAUUCAUAUUAUAAAAAUUCAAGCCUACGCUUCAAAAACAUAUUUAUUUUUGUAAUUUAUGAAACAUUUUUCUUUCUGUCAACAACUCUGGAAAAAAGUGAGUUCUUUGAGUAAUUUUACAUCAUUCAUGAAACAUCUUAUUGUACAUAAAAUGACUUAAUAUGUUUUUUUGUUUUGUUUUCUGAGCAUGGUAAAGUAAUAGGCAGUAGAUCUACUUAAUAUAGAUGAUAGUGAAAACAGCCGACAAUAAUGAUAACGUUCAUGAUCGUAUAUAAUGUCAAAAAAUCCCGAAUUUAGGCCUUUUA